GAGCCUCACAUUAAUGGAAAUUGGAUCACCCCCACCGCCGAACUGUGACAAUCAUUCUUCAUCUGAUGAAAGUGUUGAUAAUACAAAUUGUGGAGAUUUACAUACCCCUGAUUGCCCUAACAAAGUGAAACCCUUUGUUGGUCGUAACUUUCCCACAUUGGAGAAAGCAAUUCAGUUUUAUGAAAAUUAUGGUCGACAUGUUGGUUUUGAUACCCUCAAGUGCGGGUCUAAAAAAAUUGGUCAACUCACCAUAUGGUUUUAUAUGGCGUGUAGUAGAGAAGGUGAAAAAAGAGUGCAAGACAAGCAAGCUAGACGCAGACGUAAAUCCAAGAAAUGCGGCUGUAAAGCUAGGGUUGCCUUCAAGUUUGACUCCGACAGAGGCUACGUAAUCAAGAAUUUGAAUGAAGAACAUAAUCAUCCUAUGGUGCUUCCAAACCACCAGAAAUUCAUGAGACUCAAUCGCGUUCUUGACGAUGUCCACCAAAAAUUUAUUACCGAUUGUGCUGGUGUCAAUAUUGGUCCAUCACUAACAUUUAAAUUGUUGACUGAAUUGAUGGGUGGAUAUGAGUCAGUCGGGUGUACUGUAUUGGACGUUCGCAAUUACACCCGAGACAUUAGGAGAUAUGCUGAAGGGCAUGAUGCUCAGAUGAUAUUAGAUGAGCUAAGGAAGAAGAAGAAAAGUUGUGAUGCCUUCACGUAUGAAUAUAAGGUCGAUUCUAGUGAUAGAAUGUCACAUUUAUUUUGGUGUGAUCCGCUAUCAAAGAAGAAUUUUUUGCUAUUCGGUGACAUUGUUUCAUUUGACACUACUUACUCAACCAACAGGUACUCUAUGAUAUUUGCUCCGUUCACUGGUAAGGACAAUCAUGGAAGAGCUGUGACAUUUGGUGCAGGUCUACUUUGUAGUGAGAGUGCAGACUCUUUCUCCUGGCUAUUCCGGCAGUUUGUGAAAUGCAUGGGUGUAGCUCCGAAAUUGAUCAUUACUGACCAAGACCUGGGAAUGAAGGUUGCUGUCGAGGAGGUCCUUGUGAACACACGUCAUAGAUGGUGUAUGUGGCACAUCAUGGCAAAAGUUGCUGAGAAGGUCCCAAAAUCAUUGCUUGGUAAUACAGAUUUUAAGAAGGAGUUAAACUCAUGUGUCUGGUCCGAGUUGAUUGAAUCCACCGAGUUUGAAGACACUUGGCAUAAGAUUAUGGAGGAAUAUGGACUUGAAGACACGGAUUGGUUUUCUACAAUGUUUCGAUCAAGACAGUAUUGGGUUCCAGCAUACUUUAGAGACUUUCCUGCUAGUUCUUUGAUAAAGACAACCUCUGUUUCUGAGUCGCAGAAUAGUUUUUUUAAGAGGUAUAGCAAGUCCAAAGCUAACCUUGUUGUGUUCUUAAUGAACUUCAACAAUGCUUUGGAGGCUCAAAGGUACCAAACGGCAAAGCUUGAUUAUAUGGAUGCUAAUACCACAUCGACAUUGAAGACACAGUGGCCUAUUGAAAAGUAUGCUUCUACAAUAUUUACUGACAGUGCAUUCAAGGAAAUUCAAGAACAAAUAUUGGAGGCAUACAAUCAUUGCAGUAUUUUGGCGAUAUCAAAUGAAUCCACUCAUGACAUCUACAAGGUAUUAGAUCAUUUCUCAAACACAUGGAAUGUUACAUACUCAGAAUUGGAUUUUGCCUUUCAUUGUGGUUGCAAAAUGUUUCUGAGAACUGGUCUUGUAUGCUGUCACAUCUUCCUUGUGUUGAAACACAAAAACUUUAAGUUGAUUCCUGACAAUUUGAUUGGAGGUCGAUGGUUAAAGUCCCCACUAGUAAAGUCAGCUCAUGGUGUUGACUGUGAAGAUGUGAGUACUCAUAUCUAUGUGGAUGAGAAGAAGAAGGCUUCGUCUAUCUUGUUGGGUGAAAUGUUGUCUUUGUACCAAGCUGUUUCUAUCGAUAUUGAUCAAACCCAUGAAUUGACUUCUAUACUUCGUGAUGUAAGGCAGCAAAUUUUUGCCGAUGGUGUGGUAUUGUCAGCUGCACAAAAGAAGCAGCGUAUUGAGUCUUUUUAUGGUGGGGAGAAACCCCUUGUUGUUGAUGUUCAUCCUCCUGAAGUUGUAAAGACGAAGGGGCAUGCAAGUAGGCUCCAACCAAGGUUAGAAAAAGCUAUGCGGCUAAAGAACAAACCUGUGCGCCAAUGCAAGAAAUGCCAUGAGUGGGGUCACCACGAUUCAAGGAAUUGCGACAAAAUUAAAGAGAAAGAACUUCAGAGAUCAAGAAGGGAGUCUGAAAUUUGA